AUGCCGAAGCCGAGGGAGCCCAAGCGUGGUGGAGUGCCGUUUUCCGCGCUGCUAGUGCGCCGCAAGCGAGAAGAGCUGCAGACCCUUCGCUUGGAGGCGGACACUCUGACAGACCAGCUCUCUCACUUGCAAGCCGCGCGGCUGCACCAUUCCGCAGCAUUGGCGUCCCCCUCUACCUCGAGCGGGGAUCGAUGGCGCAGCGCAGCGGCCGCUGAAGGGGAGAAACGACAGCACGCAGAGAAGACCAACCGCAAGCUGAAGGUCAAGUUAGCGGAGCUCAUGAAGAUUCGUGCGCCUGUUCUCAGUGCGUUGGACAGGUAUCAGGCGCUCAAGGACUUGGACUUCGUGCUUCAAUUGCAGCCGAAAGUCUACAGACCACCACGCGAAGCUCGCCUCAGCGACGCGGUACUAGAAGAACUGACCAAUAACCUGGACUGCCUUCGACUCGAUACCGACACGGUGUUCCCCGUGAUGGAGAGCAGCAUGAAAGUGUCUUUCCGCUCUCAAUCCUUGCCCGAAUCCAACUGCAUUCAGGCAAGCUCCAUCACGCCUGUGGCCGGAUCGUCUCGAGAAAUUGGAGAAAUGCUGUGGCUGCACGCUUCGAAGAAGAAGAGAGAGACCGACAAGUUGUUUCAUUACGUACACCGGAAGUCUCCCAGUCCACUGGAUGUGAACGUUGAGGCGUCGUUUGUGGAGGGCUCGCUGUGUGUCAACUCUGUCUCAACCUUCCGUCGAUACGACGAGGGCGACCGAAUCCUCCUCGUGGGAAUGAUAAAGUGGUUCGUGGGAAAACUCGUGCUCCGCGACUACAACUGGACCGUCAUCUCGGCGUCUCCUGAGGACUCUGCAUUCAGUGCGGGUCCGGAUCGAGGGGCGAUUGCACCGCCCGUUGAUGAGAGCGAGAAGGAACUGGACGAUGAGCCGGAGCUGCUCUGGGCCGAGGUCGAGUCGGAGCCGCUCUGUCCUGAGGUCGAGUCGGUGCUUGAGUCACUGGCCGCGGACUCCGAAUCGGACGAGGUGCUGGACGUGGCGGUGGAUGCAGAAGUGCUGGUACUGUUCGACGAAGUGGCUGAGGUGGCAGCGCUCGUACUUGAUGAAGUCAAAGUCGAGGAGGAGGACGAGGAGGAGGAGAUUGUUGCUGUGGUCGUGGACGUCAUUUUCUCCCGCGUCUCGGCUGGCCGUUCGUGGAUUGACAAGGUGAUCAAGGGCAAGAAGAUGAAGAAACACGCUGCCAUCACCGAUGCUACCCUGCUCCGUGGGAGUGCCUUUGUGAGCGCGAAGCCAUUCGCCAUCGCAACAAACAAGGCGAUCUACUGGGAACCAACAAGCAGCUUCGACAGGCGGUUCUUCUCGUUCGACUACUUGCAGCCUCAAGUGACGAAAGCCGGAAUGGCACAGGUUUCGAUCUCGCUGGAGCACGCAGACUGUCAAUCGGAUGUUGCGUUCCGACUGCGUCUGGAGGAGACCGAGGUUGCCGUCGUGGCUGACGAUGCGUGCCUCGAGUCCAAUCGAUCGUCUGUGGCCUCCUACGUCCACACAAUCCCGGUGAAGGCGAAUGAAACGUUGAGCUUCGAGUACAUUGGGGGCGGCACGCUCAACACGGAGAAAAGCUUCGUGGAUGUUCUUCUGUUGCCACCGAACCCAGAGUAUUGA